UCUCAACUCACAGUUGGGUGUUGAGUUAUUUUUUAAGCUACUCAGAAAAUCAAAUGUAGAGAGAACCAAAUGGGGUUGAGAGCGAGAGGUGUGGGGGCAUUGCCAAACCUCAUUCGAAGCCUCCGGAAGGAAGCCCACCCAAAGCAACAAUCACUUCCGUCUCUGAGGCGCGCCUUCUCUCUCUACGAUCAGAUCAAUCUCAUCGACAACGUCCCUGAUGACCAGCUUCGCUUUCAACGGUACACUGAGACAGGAUUCAGAGUGAAUGGGGUGGACUAUGAAGGAAGCUUGCUUUGUGUUGGAAAUAUGUUGAUGUCUUGGGCUCCCACCAAGUUCUCUCAUGUCACUCCUGAUAGCUUAUCAAUGUUUCAAAUCGUGCGGCCUAUACCUGAGAUUUUGAUUCUUGGCACUGGGAGAAACAUUGAACCCGUAGAUCCUGAACUACGACGCUUCAUUCGCUCUACGGGAAUGAAGUUAGAAGCCGUUGACUCGAGAAACGCCAUAUCAACUUACAACAUACUGAAUGAGGAAGGUAGGAUUGUGGCUGCUGCGCUUUUACCGUAUGGAGCUUCUUAAUGGUGCCUUGACCCAGUGCAAGAUGAGUGCUUUCUGCGUCCUAACAAUCAAUCUUCUUCCUCACUAGGUACAUACAACCUCAAGCAAAAUGAAUGCAUUUAUAAUGUAACUAGUGACUAAGAGGCAUGCUACAUCGAUUUUCGUAGUGUAGUUAAGGUGGUCUGUUGCUGCUGUAUGCAUGCUCAAGUAAUUCAUUCUGAUAUGGUAAGCAUAUCUCUAUGGUAGAUACCCUCGAGGCUAUCUUAAAAAUCUUACUGCAGAAGUUCGUGAUAAAAAAAGAUACUAUUCUUGCAGAAAUUUUCCGAAUAAAAUCAUCUUGAAGUUCAAGUAUAUUCCAAUAUGAAUAAAGUUGGAAUUUGU